UGUUGCAGUAGUGUAGUGUGAUUGCUAUAUAUAUGUCCCAAGGUUGGACCAAACACAUGGAGAAUUUCAUAAACAAUCAAGUUUGCUAGUAAUUCACAGAAAUGGGGUUUCUUGACAAUCUUCCAGAGUGUUUCACUGCUUGUUCCAUACCAAAUCCACUUAAGGAGAAACGUAUGCCCAAACAGACGGUUAAUAUCAGGGUGAAAAUGUGUUGUGAAGGCUGUGUAAGAAAAGUUACAAACGCAGUGGAAGACUUGGAAGGGGUGGAAUCCAUUGAUGUAAACCAAAAGCAACAGAGGCUGACCGUCACUGGUUAUGUAGAUGCACAGGAGGUCCUGGAAGAAGUGAAGAACACAGGAAAGACAGCUGACUUUUGGAACUUUGUGCCCUACAACUUAAUGGCUUAUCCUUAUGUAAGAGAGGCUUAUGACAAGAAAGCACCAAAUGGUUUCGUGAGGAAUGUCCCUCAAGCAAUGGGUGACCCCAAGUCUCCAGAGAUGAAGAUGAUGGUUCUCUUUAAUGAUGAGAACCCAAAUGCAUGUUCAAUCAUGUAAAUCUCAUAUUAAGAGGGUCUAUGCAGUGUUAUGUUAAUCAUCAAUCAUGUAAAUCCAUAUCAAGAGGGUCUAUGCAGUGUUUUUUUGUCUGUCCCUUGUGUCCCAAAGGAAUGCAUAGUAUUAACUCUCAAGAAUAAAUAAAGAGAUUGGAUCUUCUCCAACAAAA